AUGAAGCAGGCUGUGCUUGCCCUCCUCUUCCUCUUUGCCCUCUCCACCCUGGCCAUCCGCGACCUGUUGGCCCCACUCCACGUCGCCGAGGAUGCCUCGCACCGUAUCGAGGGCGAGUACCUCGUCCUCUUCAACGACGCCCUCACCCGCCCCCUCUUUGAGACGCAGGUGGCCGCGCUGCAGGCGGCUCUCGAGGCUGCUGCCGACGGCAGCAAGCUGAACCGCACCUUUACCCUCGGUGACAAGUUCCGCGUGCUUCACGUCAAUCUCUCUCCCAAGUCGUUGACCGCGGUCAGGGCGCACCCCUCUGUUGUCCUCGUCGAGGAGAACCAGGCUGUACACAUUGAUCAGGCCUGCGCCUCUCAGAACGACGCCAUCUGGAACUUGGCUCGCAUUGACGAGCACGACAUUGACCUGGUAGACGAUGACUACAAGUACAGCCACGCCGGAGAGGGCGUCGACGUCUACAUCAUCGACAGUGGUAUCUUGACCACCCACGUCGAGUUUGGCCACCGUGCCCAGUGGGGCGCCAACUUCGUCGACGACGGUAUCGACACUGACUGCUACGGUCACGGUACCCACGUCGCUGGCACUGUGGCCGGUGAGCUCUACGGUGUGGCCAAGAAUACUACCGUCAUCGCCGUCAAGGUGCUCGGCUGCCUUGGCAUCGGCAGCUGGGCUGGUAUGAUCGAGGGUAUCAGCUGGACCGCCAACCAGGCUCAAAAGCGCGGCCGUCCCUCUGUCGCCAACAUGUCUGUCGGUGGUUCCAAGUCCGCGAUCGCCAACAGCGCCAUCGCCGCGGCUGUGGAUGCUGGUGUGACCUUUGUCGUCUCUGCUGGUAACGAGAACAGCGAUGCCUGCAGAAGGAGCCCCGCGAGCGAGCCCCUGGCCAUCACUGUAGCUGCCACCACCAUCGUGUCUAGCUCGAGCGGUGCCUCGCAAGACCGUCGCACCAGCUUCAGCAACUUUGGCAAGUGCGUAGACAUUGCCGCGCCUGGCGAGCUCAUCAAGGCCGCGUGGAUCGACCAGGACGGCUUCGCACCUAACACCCUCUUCAACACCAUCUCCGGUACCUCCAUGGCGAGCCCUCACGUCGCCGGCGUGGCCGCGCUUGUGCUGAGCAAGUACCCCAAGUACACGCCCGCUGAGGUGGAGACUGCCCUCUACAAAGUCGCCACCGAGGGUGUGAUCGACCUUGCCUGCUCUGGGCUCUGGGAGUCAGUCCGAGUCGAAUGCUUGGGCACCCCCAACAAGCUGCUCUACACCAGCUGCUGA